CCACAAAUUUAUAAAAAAUAUAAUUAUUUGUUUUUUAAUACAUUGGUUUAGCUCUGUACAAUUAAAACGAGUGCAUGCAGCAAUCAGUAGUUUUAUCAUUUAUCAAGAUACUUUUUAUUACACACACUGCACACAAGUUUAGCAUUUUUUUUAAACAAAUAAGAGGUAUUUACUUAAUACACUGCACAAAAGUUUAUAUUUUUCCUACUACACGAUAAGUAGCAUAAAUGAUAAAUCAUUUAGUGCUGCUUAGAGAGCGGAUUUAUGAAGACGUAUCGUGUAUGCACUCUAUUAUGGUUGCUAUAAUUGUGAGACUUUUAGCAAUUACUUUACUACAGAAUUUUUGUGGUGCACAGAAGCUCUUUGACACUGAUGGAGAUGAUGAAGAUUAUGACGACAUUAGUAGAAGUGGCGAAACGAAAAUUCCAGAUAUUCAAUUGGAAGUACCAAACCGUACUUUAAACCCUUUACAACCGACGUGUCUUUUUGAACAAAACUCCUUAGGAAUUUGGUUACCAACCUCAGCUGGGGCUUGGGCAACGCCCUAUUUAUACAAGACUUGCCUUCGCUCAGACUACACUCCAGUCAGAAGGUACUGUUCAAAAAACGCAACUUGGGAGGAACCAGAUACCGCGACCUGUGCUCCAGUGAAGCUUGACAACAUAACUAAAAACUUAGAUGAUUUAGUUUAUACAGAUUCACCAAAAGCGGUCAACACUCUUGUCAAUUUGACUGCAACGAAUCAAAAGUCCUUCAAAUCUUUUGAUAUAUAUCUCAUUUCAUUAAUUCUGGACAGGGCUAGUAAAAAUGAUGAGGUCGCACAAAAUCCCAGCAAUUUUGCAAGAGCAGUUAGCAAUAUCAUGAGCUUUGAAAGGGAACCAUUAACUGGUUCGCAACAACUUUUGAACACUACCGAUGCCAUCUUGGAUAGUUUAGACGAACUCAUCUUGAAAACUAAAAAUAUCAACGUCACGGAACCUAAAUUGUUUAUUCGCACUAUAAACGUAACUGACAAUGUUCUUGGAGCCAUGAUCACGAGCACCAAAACGACUAGUUUCAAUUAUUUCGAAAUUACAGAACUGACAAGCGCUGAACCACUUGAAAACAAGAAUUUUGAAAUAGCUUUUUUGGUACCACCAACUUUUGCCCGCAGUCACUACUACAUCACAUUGUUUUACAACGACUAUCUCUUCAACCAAAAUGAAUCCGCCACUGUCGGAAGCUGGAUUCUCAAUAUUUUAAUCCCAGAAUCCACGAAUGAUGCUAAUUCAACGAUCCAAAUUUAUUUUAAAGAAUUUGAUAAGUACACACAACAAUUGUGCCAAUACUGGAAAUACGGUAACGACGAAAAUAACAUAGCCAUUUCGGGAAGAUGGCAUUUUGAUAGCGUAGGUAAAAAAUUCAAAGAAGGAUUCUACAUUUGCGAAGUGAAUCAUACCACUCACUUCGGAAUGUUGGUGUCUGAUACAGUCCCUGACAAUUUUAUUUUAGACCUGGUUACGAUCUUCAACUCGAUUUUGUCAGUAAUAGGGGUUAGCGUAAUUGUACUAACGGCCGUAUUCUUCAAAAAGUGGAGAAACGAAACUAGCAAAAAAAUCGUAAUUAACGUUUCCAUGUGUUUAUUGUUCUUGAUGGUGCUGCUAUUUAUUUCUGAUCACGCUAAUAACGGCCCGAUUUGUAUCUUAGUUGGAAUUUUGUUGCACUACAUGGUUAUUGCUCAGUUUUGUUGGAGCUUGGCGGUGUCUUAUUGCAGUUAUCGCAAGUAUUACAGGAUAUUCAAUAACAUAACACGUAUUCUAGAAUUCUGUAUUUUUUCCUGGGGAGUUCCCUUAAUUGUCGUAAGCAUUACCUCAGCAAUCAAUGUUGAAACUUACAAUAAACUAUUACCGGAUCAAAUCUGUUAUCCUAAAGGAAUUUAUCUCAAGUUAGGAGUGUGCUUACCGAUGGGGAUCAUAUUAACUGUAAACUUAAUUGUUUAUGUAGCUAUAAUAAAAAAUUUGACUGCAACAUCAUACAGCAUCCAGAAACAUGUCACUAAAAAAUCCUUCGCCAAACAGAAAUUCUUGAUUCUGUUGUUUUUCAUGAUGGGGAUGACUUGGAUUUUUGGCUUCCUUGUAGUAUUCACAGACAAUGUGGUUUUGCUUUAUAUCUUUUGUACCACAGCCCCUCUACACGGUUUUGUCAUUUUUAUUUUCUACAUUGUGGAUUCAACCGAAGUUUCUACAAAAUGGAAACACCUGUUUUAUACACUUAUUCCAAGAAGAGAGACACAACAGCUGACUUCUAGGAGUCAAAGUACUGAUCUUACAGAAUCUAAAAUCUGAAAAACAUAUGUCCCGUCUUCACUUUAUUCCACGGACCGUUUAGUUAUUUCAUUAUUUUAUUUCUAGGAAAUUUCCGAAAAGUACCAAUUUUUAUCUACUUAGGCAACCAGUAAAACCAUGUUUUUCAUAUACUAACAUUGUUUGCGGCAAACUUUUAAUACCUACUGCGAUCCUAUUCAUUUAUAGACAGACUGAAUAAUUUAAAAAAAAGCGGUGAACAGUCUUAACAUAUUCCUACUUUAGUGCUUAACAUAAGUAAUAAUAAUAAAUGUACAUCUUAAAUAAAUAAAUAAAAAAUAAGUUACGUUAUA